CCCACUCAGAGAGCCCUCUACUGGGAUGUCAUGCAGGAGAACUAUGAGACUGUGACCUCGCUGGGCAAGAGAAUAACAUCCAUGUUUCGCUGCAGAUCAUCUCGUCCUCCCAGGGGCAAGGAAAUGGCUGCAAUGGAGCUGGCUCAGGGGCCGGUGACCUUCGAGGAGGUGGUUGUGUAUUUCUCCAGGGAAGAGGGGACUCUGCUGGACCCCACUCAGAGAGCCCUCUACAGAGAUGUCAUGCAGGGGAACUAUGAGACGAUGGUCUUGCUGGGUAAGGAUUCCUGUCCCUUCUGUUCUUGGAAGGGGAAAUGAAGAGUGAAGG